CUGGAAAACUGGCACUUACAGGUUGCUCUUGGCCUCGGCGAUGGUCGUGUUUUUGAGUAUGCUGUUGAUUCGGAUUCUACCGAACCAUUGCGCGAUUAUACUCAAGGAAUUGGCCAUCUUCCUAUAAUUUUUACUGGCUUCGAUACCGGUUCUUCUACACUUCUUGUAGCAUCGUUCAAGAAGCUUAUGGCAUUCAGAAAUGACAAAGUAUUUCCUCUCCUUAGCAAUGUUCAAGAUCAGUUUGACAAGAUGAGGUCUAUAAGCUUUCUUGAGACGUCCCUACACUUUGUCGUUUCAUUCUCGCCAGGUGGUCGUCAUCCUGCCAUUUCUCAUCGACUCUAUCGACUCGCUAUUGACGAUGACAACGACGAGGUUCUCUGCAUCGAACUUUCGGAAUGGCUUACUGACUGCCAAUUGGCAUCAACGAUGUGGUCUAACAGUCUAUUCUCUCUUGAAAAUAAUUUAUUUUCGGUUGUCUACAAUGAAGACAAGAGGCGCUUUGACGCUCAUGACUGGUCAGAAAGAAGAGCUGAUACAGCAGCAGAAAAGAUGAAAUUGGAAAGAUUCUGUCUAGGUGAUGGUGAGUUUCCCGUCGAGAUCAACAGUGGCAGCUAUAAGGGCCAUUCCAACGACAAGUAA